CUUCGUCUUCUUGCCCGGGAAGAAAAAAACUAUUCUGCUCCAGCACGAACGGCGGCGGCGCGUUUGGAAACCUUUCACAUCCAUCCGCAUCACGGCUGCAUACCACGACGCGCCAUGUCGUCGUCGAGCGGGAGCUACGAGAAGUACAUCACCGCGGCGGCGUCCGUGGCGGCGACGGCCAUGGUGGUGCGCAGCGUCGUGAGCGAGCUGGUCCCCUACGAGGUGCGCGACCUGCUGUACGCCGCCGGGCGCUACCUCCGGUCCCGCGUCUCCUCGCGGCACACGGUGGUCAUCGACGAGGCCGAGGGCCUCUCCGCCAACCAGAUCUACGACGCCGCGCGCACCUACCUCGCCGCCCGGAUCAGCACCGACAUGCCGCGCCUCCGCGUCAGCCGCGUCGACGAGGCGCAGGGGAUCAUGGUCGGCAUGGAGCAGGGCGAGCAGAUGGUCGACGUCCACGACGGCGUCGAGUACACCUGGAGCCUCGUCUCCCGGGACAACACCACCCCCGGCGCCGCCUCCAGGGCCGCGGGCACCACCGGCGCCGGCGCCAAGGCCAGGGGCCGUCUCGAAAUCAAGUCGUUCGAGGUCAGCUUCCACAAGAAGCACAAGGACAAGGCCCUCAAAUCGUACCUCCCGCACAUCGUCGCCACGGCCAAGGCCAUGAAGGACCAGCACCGGAGCCUCAAGAUGCACAUGAUCGAGUACGACGCCUGGACAGCCGUCGACCUCCGCCACCCGUCCACCUUCGACACGCUCGCCAUGGACAAGAAGCUGAAACAGUCUGUCAUGGAUGACCUUGAGAGGUUCGUCAAGAGGAAAGACUACUACAAGAGGAUCGGCAGGGCAUGGAAGCGAGGUUACCUGCUCUACGGGCCACCUGGGACCGGCAAGUCAAGCCUGAUCGCCGCAAUGGCGAAUUACCUCAAGUUUGACAUAUAUGAUCUUGAGCUGACCGAGGUCAGUUGCAACUCGAACCUCCGGAAGCUUCUUGUCGGCAUGAGCAACCGAUCCAUCCUUGUGGUUGAAGACAUUGACUGUAGCAUUGAGCUGCAGCAGCGGGAAGAUGGUGAGAAACGUGCCAGGUCCAGCUCUGCAGGAGAAGAAAACGAUGACAAGGUGACGCUAUCUGGGCUGCUCAACUUCGUGGACGGUCUCUGGUCAACAAGCGGGGAGGAGAGGAUCAUCGUUUUCACCACUAAUUACAGGGAGCGGCUUGACCCAGCAUUACUGCGGCCUGGCAGGAUGGACAUGCACAUCCACAUGGGGUACUGCACUGCAGAGUCGUUCCGGAUUCUGGCAAGGAACUACCACUCGGUUGAAAAUCAUGCCAUGUGCCCAGAAAUUGAACAGCUGAUAGAGGAGGUAAUGGUCUCACCUGCAGAGGUUGCUGAGGUUCUAAUGAGGAACGAGAACAGUGAUGUUGUACUCCAGGAUCUCCUUGAGUUCCUCAAAGCAAAGAGGAAAGAAAUUGGCGAGAGCAAGGCUGCGAAUGAGAAUGGAAAUGAAUAGAUGAAGAAAUGUGGCAGAGAGACCAACGUUUCACGAAAUACAGAGCAUAAGAGGGAUUAAUAAAGUGGGAUAAGUCUAUUUUACAACCUCGAACUAGUCAAGAAGUCCGUUUUUCAACCUCCAACUACGAAACCGGGUAACAUAGGCCCUCGAACUGGCAA